AAAAUAAACCAGUAUCACUCUUCAGCCUGGGAGAUUGUUUUGUGUGAAGGAAUUCUGAAGAAGAUCGGAGGAGGCAGGCAUCAGCAUUUGUUUCUUGGAGGGGGAUUCAAGCUGUGUUUUUGAUUUUGUCAGAUGACCAUUGUGUUUGUUAGCUGGUGACAUGUGAGUUCAUGGUUCUAGUUGAUGGCGUCAUCUGCAGAUUCGCCAAACACGCUUCGACAGCUGAGGGCAAAGGCGAUUUGGCUGGAACUUUUGCCUGGCAUUGAAGACUUCCUGGUGAAGACUCUUGCCGGGGAAAAUCUUUCGUCAGCUGCGGAGGAGAAGCGCCAGUACUUCGUCGAGCGUCUUGAUAUUCUCAAACUCCCACCUUCCAUCCCGCCACGACCUAACAGGAAGUCAUCAUCGGAGCUUGUAGAAGAGGAUGAAGCUCCUGUAGAGGAGGAAAACGACGUCACUGACACAUCUGAGCAGCCUAAAGACUUUGCAGCUUAUCAGCGAGAGAUCUCCCGUAACCUUCUGACAACCGUCGUCCCACCCACAGAGGUCUCGGACUCCGAAUCAGAACAGGGCGUGAAGGUUUACGAUGACAUUGACAUUGAAGAGCAUCUGGACCGACAAGACGAUGAAGACAAAGAUGAACAGGACCUGUAUGAGAUUCCAGUGGCUCGGCUCCAGCUGUCGGAAGAUAGUGCGGGUCAACAGUCAGGUGACCGAUCCAGUCUGGCCACUGCCGCCAGCCUGGAUGAACUUGCAGAGGAGGUGGCCGACAUCCCCGUACCCCCGCCCCUUCCACCUCGGCGCGACCGAGCUUCCUCCGAUCUGACCAGCUCCGGCGGGGGUGAAGACAAACCCCCAGAUCUCCCUGCCCGACCGCCUCCCAAGAUGGACGUCUAUGACAAGAGUGAUAAAUCUGAGAAGAGUGACAAGUCUGACCAUACAGAGUAUACUCUAGACGGCGGAGACAGCACCAGCUACGAGUCCUACGAUGAGGACAACCAGUACCAUGACGUGGAGCUCCUCAACAAACUCAACAUCAAGCUGCCAAAACGUCCCAAGAAAAAGUCCAACAAGCUGAAGAAGAAACUGAGCAAGUCCCGGUCGUCCUCCAGCUGGGAGAUAAAUGUCCCCUUCAAGAAGCUAGAGGACAUGGCUGUGUCAGGCGACCUCCAGUACAAGGGCAAGUUGUCGUGGACACGCAAGCUGGUUGCCCUCAGCAACGGCAACAUGGCUUGCUACAAGCCUGACAAGGAGACCAAGCCACAACUUGUGGUGCACCUAACGGGGUACGAGGCUGCUUUGCAUGAGAAAGAGAACCGAAAGGGAUAUGAGAUCAAGUUGACCCACCCUAACUGUGACAGCCACGUCUUCGCCGUUGACUUCAAGGAGUGGGCGCAGCUGUGGGUCGAUCACAUCAACAUUAUGGCUAAAGGGUUACCUCCCCCUACCCCCUACCAACACCUGGCUCGCACCAACUUCACCCAGCAGAGUGAACAUGGAAGCAAGAGAAAUAACAAGUAUCAUCGGAACAGGAAGAGAAAUAACAAGUAUCCUCGGAACAGGAAGAUGAGUUUAUGGGACGACAGUACCUCUGAGGGCCGAUCCAAGACAUUAGACUCGUCUGUUUCACAAGGGGCGGGUAAUUUAAACGUGACGACGACUCUUGCUCGGUGGGACUGGAAAACGUUGUUCUACAACUGGACGUUCCCUAUAGACCACUUCAUCAUGGGUCUACGACGACCGGACCUGAAUGCUUCCAACUCCAAUUUGUCCAUGUCCAGCGACGGCUUCGGGCCGGAAGAUGGGAAGGCCAAGAUGCGAGGCAACAAGGUGAUGAGGAUGGGAUCCUUCGCCUACAGGGCAACACAAUUUUAGAGUUUGGGAAAGCAGGUUAUCAGUCACUAGAAGAGUGGGAAGAGGAAAUUGGCAGGUUUGAGUGUUCCCCUUGACAACGACCUUUCAACUUCUGGUAUUGCGGAGGAGCGUUCGUUAUCCUCGGAGAGCGCACCAGCUAACCUUUCAUCAUUCUCUGAUUCUUGCACACCUGUUUUUGACGACCCUGUGUCACCUGAGGUGGCCAUGGAUGUUCCCAACAACACCAAACACCAAGGUUAUCUGAACAUCUUUAGCUCCUUCAACCGGCGACGCUGGGGUAAGCGGUGGUGUCUGGUGAGGGAGAACAUGUUCGAGUGCUACCGGAACGAAAAGUCCAAGCAGUUUGAGCUGAAUCUGUUGUUGAAGAACUGUGUGUUUCGACGCGCCGUGACGGAGACAAACAGCGAAUACGCCCUGAUGCUGCUUGAAGAUGGCAAGGAGAAGAUAACUGUGGAGCCUCUGAGCAAGGAUGAGAUGGGUCCCUGGGUCCAUGUUCUGAUGGCGGAGACGGCAACAGACCACAUCCCCCAAGGCCUCGACGAGUACUUCAACGACGAUAUCCAUUCCAACAACUCAUUCUCCGACCUGUUAGGCUACUCUGUGAUAAAAAGCUGGGAACAUGGUGGCGACAAGUCUCCUAGUUCCAGCAAGGUGAUGGUUGUGAGUCAGGAAGAUAUCCCGGAGGAAGAGAAUGAGGAAGAGCAGUGCAUCGAUGCUUCUCCUUCUUCUCCCCCUCCUGGAAACUGACAAAGUUGUGGAGAAUGGUGACGUAUACACCGAGGUCCAAAAGAAGGGGAAGAACUCUGUGUCGGAACUGUCAGCCGAAAGUCCCGAGGAAUACGAUGAGAGAAAACAUACAACAGAUAGUGGGUUUUAUAGUGUCAAGGGUUCAAACUCGGACAGUGAGAGUGACAGUGGAUGUGUCAUACGGAGUGAGGAAGAAGCUCAGAGCUUAAGUAGUCCUACACAAGAAGAUUCAAAGGAGUUGGUGUCAGCUCAGAGUCCACCCAGCAAGAAGAAAACUGGUGAUGCUGGAUCGGGGUUGCAUAUACGCUUUUGUCUCGACUCCGAGAAUAACAAUGUCAAGGACAGUGGUGAAUAUGAUGCCAUUGAAGUGAAAGAUAAAAAUUCUCUACAGUGCUUUGUAAAUACAAUACCCGAAGAGGCGUCUUCACAUUCCCAGUCUGGGCCGUCAUUGAAAGAGGAAUUAGAACGUGCAAAAAGUGUGGUGAAUGGGAGUGAUUCCAUUGAAAUAUCAAAAUGUGAAAUGUUGAACUCAAGUAGUGACGCUUAGAAACUGUAAAAUCCAACACAGCUUCCAUGAUCAGUUUAUCAGACAAGUUAGAGUACAAUGCCAGUGCAGUGUCUGACUCGGAUGAAGCAGACGUCAUUGCUGAAAGUCAUGAAGACAAACAACAAGCAAAAACUGAACAAUCUGGGAACAGUUUGGAAGAAACUGCUGUAGAUUGUCAUGGAAACGACAACACUUCUUCCAGUUUCCAUGACAACAGUGAGGAUGUACAGCUGACAACUCCAGAAAUCUCAGACACUAAGUCAAGUUCCUCAGCAGUGGAUUUUGACAAAGAUAUACAGCGGAGGAUUGGGAGACUCAGAGAGAAGCUGGUGCAGAUCAAGCACAAAAGAAUUGCUGUUCGAGACAAACGGCAGCGAGUUUCAUCUACCGAGGAACAGAAAGUGUGUGACGAAGAAUACUCAAGUCUAGAUACAGAAUGUCAGGAGACGGACACGGAAAUAUCCGACUUGGAACGUCAGCUGACCACACAAGCCUCUCUGUCAUCUCCAACAUCAUCAUAGCCUCAUCUUCAGCAUAUCCCAUAAUCCAUCACAGCCUCUCAGUCUGAUCAAUCCCAUCAUGCACUGUACGUCUGUCUGUGUAGUUACCUGUGACUGGGCACUGUGGUUGGAGAAUACAUUGAUGCUAUCAAGCAUUUGUUUGGAAUUUGGUAUUGUUUGAAUAUUUCAAAUUAAAAUUCAUCUUUUACUGAUAGUUUAGAUCUUUUAAAAUAUGAUCAUUUUGUUUUAUGAAAUUGAUGAUAUUUUGAAAAGGUUUUCAAAGUUUGGAACUCAGUGAAAUGGUCAGCUUGUGUCUUUGCAAGACACUUUAGGUGACAGUGAUUGUGCUGGGUGUGAACGAGUUGUUCCCCGACAAGCUGAUGUAGUGUGUUCAUCGUCUGCUUCUCCAUGCCUGCAUCAGUGAUGAUGGUGUUCGCGUUUUACACUUGCUUCUCUUGGGUCAGGGACAUACAUAUGAAAGAACGACAGCCAUAAUACUCAGUCUAAUAUAUGGCCAGGUCAUCGACCGCGAAUAACGUGUGAUUGCACAUGGCUGAUAUUCAGAGCUUGCUUUGUUCAAUUUCAGUGUGGUUCGUUUCACAAUGACUCUGCAAUGUAAAUAUCUGAACUCAGUAAUAAUGAUAAUAAUAAUAAUAAUAUGAAUAUCAAUAAUAAUACGUUGUUUACAAUCCAUCCAGGCCGAAGGUGUUGCUGAAUGAGUCAACUGUACAAGAUUGGAACAGAAUGGAAUUCUAAACUCCCUCCAUGUUCAAAUUUCAUAAUACAUAUGCACAAUGCAAAGGUUGUUUAUGUUUUGGAAAAAUAAUAUAUUCAGACUUUGCACAAGAUACCAUAUUUGCUGUAUUCGGCGCCUAGGGCCUACAGACACCCAAACAACUUCUGUAUCCAACUGCAAGAAAACACAAGUGUGUGUGUGAUUGGUUGCUGUGUAACUGUUGCAGAAAAUCUUUGAGUUUCACUGAUGACAAGUUUGUUCUCCACUGCUUGAUCUCCAACAAUAAACUUUGUUUGAUGUGGAUGGUUUUAAUAACACUUUAUCUCUUGUCUGAGACCCUUGGGUGCCUUUCACGGCAAAUAUGGUAAAUUAAUGAUUUUUUUAUGCUCAUGACAUAAGCUAUGCAGAGAAUGUUGACCUGUCAGUCGGUCAUCUUACUGACACCAUCGAAUAUUGCUGUCGUAAUACUCCUGAUGACUUGGUGUUCUGUUUUAGGAAAGUCGAUGUGGGGUAUUGCUUAUGCCACCAGUAACAAUGGCCUGAGUUAUACCUAACAUCGAACAUUUUGAAGUUGAUUCUGCAAAUCAUGAAAUUAAUGCAAAAGAUGUGAGUGUCUGUUGAUCUCAUCUGUAAACUGAUGAUUUAUUGACUGAAUAUACUGGAGUUUAUUGUCAUGUCAGUUCACGAAACUUUGAAACAAUGAAUAAACUCCAAAUAAACAGUAAUCUCGAGUCAGUGCUUGUCCAGAAGAACCUUGUCAAGUGUUGUCAACUGUCAAGGUGAUUGUCAGCCAUGUACAACUGUCUCUUUGCUCUUGGUAAACUUGUCAAGUAUUCUUAUAAUUACAAGGAAACAAAAGAUAGCCCACUGUGUGGAAUAGUCCAGUUCAGUACCAGCGGUUGUGUUGAGUUCACGACUUUGCUCGUUUAGGUUAAGGAUUGUGCUUACCUGUGUAUAAAUACUUGUAAUGUAGAUAUACUCACAAACAUUUUGUGACAUAUUUUAGACGAGAGCACAGAACCUGCAUUGACUUUAUGAAACAUUCAUUUCAUGAUUUACAGUACUUGGCAUCAACGACAUUUAUGAGCAAUAUUAUUAGAACCACCAUAAACCUGACUCGCUCACUCACUCAUGCAAUUGGUUGAUCAGACAGUGUUGUGGGAAGCUGAACUUCUUCAAGACAGAAUGGCACACAGACAUGUUUCAUAUAAACCCAUCGAACCUGAUAAAGGUUUUUAUUUGGUUCUAGGGUUCAUGCAUUGUAUACAGAAAAAGGUGGUGUGACCUACAUGUUUGAUGGCCGAUGACCAAAUGAAGCCAUUUACUUUAUUUACACAAAGUUUUAUUUAUGUUACACAUGAAAUUGCUUUGUUGCACAUGAUUUGAAUUGACAGGAAACAGACAAUAGGAUGAACUGUGUGGAAACUUUUGAUUUAUUUCUUGUUCACAUGUGUAGAUAUGUCAGUGUGGAGAGAAGGAGGGUAGAGAGAAGGUCAAGGUCAAGGAUACAACUAGAACGAGUCCUACUCUUGACCUUUGACCUUUGACCAGGAACAGUUCUACCACUGACUUAUCAGAAUAGUUUUCCCAUGCCUGAGACUAGUAAAAAUCAUAAGUCAGUAAGUCAUAAGUUGUGUUUUUUUUAAAAUAAUCACAACAUCAAUUAUUAUCUUGCACGAUAUCUAGUUGGGGUCAGCAUUGGGUAGGGGGCGGAAAUGGAUCUGGGAGUCUGAAUUUUUGGCCAUUUUCUAGAUGUCUUUGUUCUAUGAAAUGAAUUUCUUGAUUAAUCAUUUCAGGCAAUGUGUUCAGUGAACAAUUUGUUUACGUGUGUGUGCAUCCGCAAUAUAAUCUCAAGACAAUUAGUUUUCUUCCCCGAAAAGCUGGACUCCCCUUAUUUAUGACCGCAACUUGUGUAAGUCACAUGUUACAGUGGUCAGACUUGAUUGGCUCACAGACAGCCUCCCUUUCACUAAGUAACGUGGCCUUGUUGGACAUUUACUAGAGUAGUAUUCAGUGGUAGACAGACCCAUAAUCGUCACCAUUCGGUGACAUCUCGUAGCAGUUUCGAUUUCGAUCACCAAUUAUGAAACAAAAGGUUUAGGAAAUGUAAAUAUUUCCUUUGAAAAAAAUGAUCAGAUAAGAAUUUAUUUAAUACAUUUUGUUUCUAAGAAAGCGUAAAAAAAUCGGUACAUCCAGUUUAAGAUUGGGUAAAUUUUACACCAAAUCUUUACAUUCCAUGGAUGCCUGUAUAUAUAAGAAACCUUUUGUUUGGUAGAGUUGGUUCUGCGAGAUUAUCUUGGGUUGAGUAUUCACUGAAGCUAGUGAGUAGAGUCAAGAGAGCAAGGUGGACUUAGGCCGGUCAAAUAUGCAGACAGAGACUGAAAACAUCACACAUGUUUUGGACAUCGGUCUGACUUGGUAGUUGUGUUCUGAUGGCGGGAACGACUGUGAAAGGGAGGUGUGUUGUGUCGGUGACCAGCGGAGUGAGCUCCAGACAUGAGGGAAGCUGUCAUAAGUUCCGUGUUGGAUAGAUCUGUACAGCGUGUAAAGAAAGACCAUGACAGUUCAUAAACCAUCCUUGGGCGUUGUGUCGCUGUAGAAUAUCUGUUGAGACAGUUUAUACAGUGGCAAUGUGAUUUGCGUGAUCUUUCUGAAGGAACUAUUUUUAUAAAGGAAGUUAACAUUUUCAGUUUUAAUAUAUUCAGGAUGGGGGUCUGCCUGGAAACAUACAGAGUCUUUCCGAUAGGAACUUUUGAACUGCUUCUUCACAGCCACUCACGGACUUGUUUGUUGUAUUUGUGUCCAAAUAUUGGAAGUAUUUUCCUUCAGUUUUCCCUAAUUUACGUCCAUCAGACAUGCUAGGCUGCAGCUUUACUGAAGUUUACAAGUAGCUUUACUGAAGUUUACAAGUAGCUUUACUGAAGUUUACAAGUAGCUUUGCCAAGAAAUGAGGAUACUGUGUCACAGGCAUGGGAAGAUUCAUCUUCUCUCCCAAAUGGGGAUUUUGUUCAUUUCAGGUGCUUUUAUUGAAAUGUGCUAAAAAGUGCUAUUUUAUGAAUUUCAACUUUUGUACAGAAUGAGAGGUAAACAUUCCAGGUUCCUUCAUGUCAUUUGUCACAUCAACAGGGAUGACAGACUGACGAUGAGCCGUAACCAAGGGCGUGGCGGCAGCCUCGGCCGCUGUGAUCCCUGCGUGUUUAUAAGUGACUAUAGACAAUGGAAGCUGGAGGCAGUGUUCGGCAUGUUCUUUGUACAUACUCUUUAUUUGUUUGCUUUGUUUACUGUUUUGGUAACAAGUUUACUGCAGCAUCUACCUCUCUCAACCAGGAAAUAUUCAAUUAUUUCAGUGAUGUUAUACUCAGAGGUUUCGGUUACAACUUUUGCGAUAAUAAUUUCAUAAACAUAAUUAGAUGUCAGGAAGAGUGAAGUUUGCAUAAUACUCAUCUCAGGUCAAUGCACAGCACCUGUGUAAAACAGGCACGUCAUCUAUGCAGUGAAACGUUCUGUGAAGACAUUCAAAGGGAGAUAACUGAAAUCUGCUGUAAUGCACAUUUCACUGUUUCCAUGAUAGCAUAAAAGUAAAAAAAAUAUUUUACGUGGAAAUUUGUUAAAAAAACAUGAUAAGUAUACAUUCUUAGCAUAAUGCUGACUGAGAAACAUAAAUCCUUUGUAUCUGGUUUUUGUGGUUUGGGUUUGAAUGAAUUGAUGAUGCGCAGUAAUAUUGGCUUUUCUUGGGUUGAUUGCAAUUUUUCCCAAAUGUUUUAGAGUUAUCUGCCCUUGCUGUGGACCUAAGUCCAAUUGAAUGUCUGACCCAGCAUGGUGUAAGCUGAAUGUGUAAUGAGAAACAAGAGACUGUUUUCUCGACCGAACCAAGAUUAUUUUUAUUUAAGAUUCCGCCUCUCUCUCUCUCAAUGCGAGGAUUAUUGACUUGAACAGUUUUUGACAUAUUGUAUUGUGACAUUGUUUCAUUCAUGUCUCCUAUCAACAAAUAGACUGUCAAACUUCAUCCAUGAUUCUCGUGUAAAUGGAUGCUCUAUCAAAACGUUUCAACAGCUUUCAGUAAAAGGUUUUCUCCAUUAAGGUUUUAACAGUGUUGUUCAGGUGACAACGUUUUAUUUCAAAGCUUUCAUUAAUUUGUUAUUAUUUUAUUGUCUGGGGAUAAAAGUCGUCAGGCUGUAGAUGAAGUUAUCUGUAACAUAAUUUGAAAUAAGAGUUUUUCACCGCUACAUAGUUUUGCCUGCAAUAAAUACAAGUCAUGUUCCAUUUCAUGUGAAUAUUAUUUGAUCAAAGUUUAUUUUCAUCAACUUUCAUCAAGUAAUUGGUGGACGUGGGAGAUAUAUAGUUAAAGUUUGAAUGUGGAAGAAUAUUUGUUCAUGGAUACUUGAGAGGAAUAUAGUUGCUUUUAGUUUGCAGUGAAACCACUUUUAUAAAAGUAUCACUUUUCUUUGUGUCAGCUCUUGGGAGCUAACAUUGCCAUUUUAGGACCGAUGUCUCUUCCACUUUUAUCAUCUUUUUUAGUAUUUAGUUAACACUAGUUUUGCUUUCAUAGUAUUUACUAAUCUUUGUCAAAUAUACUGUUUGCCUAACAACAAAGUUUGUAUCAAUAAAUUUUGCAAAUCCCAAGGGAGUAUGUUUCAUGAUAAACAUGUUGUUAGGACAAUAUUCUGUUUAGUGUUAUUUUUAUAAACGUUCAUGUUGUACAGAAUAAAUGUGACUGUUCCUUCGAGACGACAGCAUAGUAUUGUGACAGUGGCUUGCUGGAGACGGUUGGUCACUGAUGGUUUUUGUUCAACAUGAUGGGUUUCAGGGCUGUAGUUGGCUUCAUUAUAUGUUGGUUAGUUUAUUGUUCAGAAUGAAUGAAAUUAAAGUUUUAACAGUUUUAUUUGUACAGGAAUCGUCAUUGUUCAUCAUUAAGAGUCCAGUAUGUCAUUGUAGAUACAGUUAUGCUGAUUCUGAGAACCGUGAUAUCUCAGUGUUUUCAUAUUUUAUCUCUUCUUUGUUGCUGUGAAAGUCGUUUGACCAAGUCAUACUUUUUGUACCAUAUGCGGUUGAAUGCCUUGAUAAUUGAGUCAAUGUGUUGGUCAGUGGUGAGCCAUCUUCACAAAGCAGUUUUAGUGCUUCAGCUAAUGUCUGUAUUAGUGUAAACGUAUGUAAAGGUAGUCAUAGUACUAACAUAUCUUUGUUGACCUGGGCCCAGAGUCUUGUUCUCUCAAAGAUCUAAUCCCAGCGCUGUGACUCCUGUAUUACAGACCAUGAAGACCUUAUGCUAAGAUUGCUUUGUUGAACACGGCCCGGAUGUAUCAUUUACAAUUUGAAUCUAACAUUCAGACAUUGUCAGAAGCUUAAUGGGGGAUUGCAGUUUCAGCUUUUCAUUUUCUUUUAAACCAAUCAUCCUCUGAAGGAACAUGUAAACAAGGAAGCUGUUUCCAUGAAGACAAGUUCCUGGAGGGCUCACUAAGCUUGUGUAGCAGUAGGAACAGAUUAUAUUAUGUAGGAACCCAUGUGAAUAUUCUAAUGAUAUGAACAGAGAUUGUAAUCUGUGUUGAGUUAACUUUUACCACCAUGUCAGUUUAUGAGCAGAUCAAAACAGAGAGUUGUCAGUAAGAAUACCAGUAUUACUCUUGUAAACUGACCUGAGUGACUGGUACAUGUAGAGGUAGGGAUUCGGGGUCAAUUUCAAAGGAGUUUAUACCUGUAGAGAAGUCAUGUUAAAACAUUCUGUGGUCAAUCAUCGGGGCUCAGUAAGCCAGAUUGUUUUGGCAGUUUCUGGAUCAUUUUUUCUUUUCAACGUUUUACUGUUAUUUCUGGAAGAAAUUCAUGGAACGUCAUUCACUAUGAGAGCAAGUAUUUUUAAUGAAAUCCUGGCACCUCAGUGGAGGAAUGAUUGGUCUUUGAGCUGAGACGUGACUAUAAAUGGAGGUUUCUUUUUUUGGUUUUGUUGAAUGGAAUGUUACCUGGAGAUUUACCAGUUUCUGUUUCUUGUGAAAUCUUUUUAUAAUGUCCAAAUUCCUUAAUGAUCAAACCACUGCCAGUGAUUAAUAGUAUCCUGAAUGAUUCUAGAUGUUUUUCUUGCUGUGGGGAUCAAAUUUGGUAGAAGUCCAGGAAUCUUGUCAAUACUACAUUCUACAUUGCAGGGUCUUGUAAAACCAGAAAUCCGGAGGUUAUUUCAAUCUACACAUCUUGCCAAGCUUUUGUCAGAAUGGUUCCGCCUUGUAGUAAAUGGUAACAUGGAAAAUAAAUUUACCGGAAGUUGAUGGUUUGAAAUAUUCCAACGAGGACAUGAUUAGUCUUGAAGGUUUGAGAAAAAUCAGUAAGAGAAAGGACAAGCUUCUUGUGUUUAUGCCAUUAGGUCUGGAGGGACAAAAAUCACAAGCCAGUGAAAUACAGACAUUUGUGUACAGGAAUUCUGCAGGCUAUUUAAAGAGGCUCUGAAGGUUAUUUAACAGGGUUCUGUGGGUAUUUUGUUCCAAGGGCCUCUGCAGAUUAUUUAAAGGGGUUCUGCAGGUUGUAUAAAGAUGGGUCAAAAUGACUGAAAGGAGAUACAAAUGUGAAUUAUUCCAAGAAGCCAGUACAUACUAUUUCAGUAUGGCUGUAAGACUUUCAUAAAACUGUGUAAAAGUUUUGGUACAGUACCAGUUACCUCAGAGAGUCCCUUUAAGAAUGUAGUGCUCAGACAGAUAUUUCCUUUCUCUCACAUCCAUAGCCAGGGUCUCUCCAACAACAGUGGAAGCCCUUAACCUGGAUGCCCGAUUAUUACAGAAAAAUUGUCAAGUGACAUGUCUUCAUGACUUGCGUGAUAUUUACUCUGGGUAAUAUCAAUCAAAGACAAUUUGAGGAUACUAGUUUCUGGAACUGUUUUCUAACCCAAAUGACAAUUUUACUCUUAUUGUAGUGUUUCACACAAGUUUUAUGUUUGGUGUUGAGAUUAGGUCAGGGAACACAUGCCCUAGGCAUAUAGGACUGGAAGUUGAUAAUGUUAGUCUCUGACCAAAUCAUGAGAGAGCACAUAGUGUUGAAAUUGUGACUUUUAUAUGUGGCGCCCCAGGCGAAGGAGCCACGGCCAUAUGUCAGCGUCUGUGUAAUGGACCAUCUUUGCAAAUAAAAGACAAAAUCAUUAUGUUA